UUUUCCUUUUUCCUCCACUACGAUGGCUGCCUCCCCCAGUGUUGUGGACGACAUCCAAACCAGGGACAGGUGGGGCGCAGUAGACGACCAAGGUAUCGACGAUAUGGGCCCUGUAAAACUCGACCAUGAUACUGUCAUGGACGACCUGCCGACUGCCAUCGCUGCGGAAGACCCCUCUGCUUUUGUGAACGGCAACGGCGAAGACAUUUCCACCAGCACCCUCAAGCCCAGGGACGACGCUGCUCGCGACAGACCACCCAAGCCGAACAAAGUAUACAUCGGCGGUCUCCCGGAAAACACACGCCCGGAGGACCUUCGGAAUGGGUUCGGGAAAUUAGGGAAAAUCGUUAAUAUCGAGUUGAAGACUGGUUAUGGCUUCGUGGAAUUUGACAAUCGCCAAUCAGCAGAAGAAAGUGUUGCGAAGUACCACGAGGGGUACUUCAUGGGAAACAAGGUGCGAGUCGAGAUAGCGCACGGUAAGGGACGUGGCACGAAGCGAACAGAAGAUCCUGGUGCUUGCUUUAAAUGUGGAGAAAAUGGUCACUGGGCAAAGGAAUGUUCUCGCCAAACUACGCACUCACGCAGUGGCGCAGCAACUGAAUCGACUCUACUUGAUCGCCUACAUCCGCGGGACUACCCAACGGCACGUGACUAUCCUGUUUACCGCGACGACCCUAGUCGGUAUGUACCUCGAGAAAGUCGCUAUUAUGACACCCCUCCGCCACCUUCGCGGGAUUACCGACGCCCUGCGAGCCCUCCAAGGGACCACCGUGACUAUCCGAUGCCACCUCCGCGGUCCUCGCGUGAAUACGACGACUGCAGGACUAGGGGCCCGCCAUCCUCGCGUUACGACCGAUCCGGAUACGACCGGGACUCAUACUCGUCGAUGAAUCCACCCGCACCUAGGGACUAUGAUCGAUACGAAAGAAGACUCGUAGAUGACAGGUAUGAGCCGCCUGGCGGCCGGCCCAGGACGCCUCCUGGCCCUCCUCCAAGUCGUCGGGAUCACUACGAUCGGCCUUCGCGCGGCUUUGAACCUCCGGAACGUGUAGAACGUGGUCGGCCAACUACCCCACCUCGUUCUGUCGAUUAUGCUCGCAGCCGCAGCUUGGAAACAGUCCGAUAUCGCCGUCGCUCUCUCAGCCCUCGUUCCUCGAGGUAUGAACCUGGUGGCUACUCCAACUCAAGCAACUACUCUGGAAAUGGGUAUGCGAGCGACAGGCACUCGGCAUCCGUGCGGGAUAGUGGAAGAACCAGGGACUACUAUCAUAACGGCCGAGACUCCGGCAACAGUUACAGGCCACUCUGAAAGUACUGGCUUCUGAAAUUCUCUGGCAAGUGUGCUUUCCCUCGCCAUAGCAGGUACCAUAAAUAGCUUGUUAGUCUUCUCUACGCCUCAGUUGAAUAUUUGUCUGCCACUGCUCAGAUCCUCUUUGCCCUAGUGGUAUGUUUUCGCUCGUCUACAGUUUGCACAAUAAUAUUACUUCCAUUAUGGGUAUGACCUCCAGAAGUACAAAGCGAAAAAAAAUG